UCACCAGGCGGAACAUCAACUCAUCAGUCCCGAAGGCAACAUCAGUGACAGCAGAGGUUCCGGUGGUAUUCAGCUCAAUGGGACGACGCUGUUUUGCGAGGAUUUCUAUCUCCCUUGUGCUCACAUUGAUGUUUGCAUCUGGAUAUCUGUACUAUGAAAAUGAAGAAUGGCUCAAUAAAAGAUUGAUGGUGUUUCGGGGGCAUUUAAGUGACCAGGAAAUCCCUCCUACUCCUCCUCCUCCUCCUCCUGUAAACAACCUGACCUAUCCGGGCUUCAAACACCCUCUGGCCCCCCCUUACCCUUACCCGUACAAGUUCCUCAUCAACCAGGAGAAGAAGUGUAAAGACCGGAACCCCUUUCUAGUCAUAAUAGUAAUUGGUAUGUCUCAUGAUAUCGAUAGUAGGCAUGUCAUUCGAGAAACCUGGGGCAAUGAGAGUAAUUACGAUGUUGACGUGGUGAGGAUCUUUUUGAUUGGUAUUCCAAAAUUAAUUGUGAAAAGAACCCAGAAGAUGCUGGAGGAGGAAAGUGAAGCCUUUGGGGAUAUUGUCCAACAAGACUUCAUGGACACUUACUAUAACCUCACUUUAAAAACCUUAAUGGGCAUGGAAUGGGUUGUUAAAUUCUGCCCCACAGCCAGCUACGUGGUGAAAAUCGAUAAUGACAUGUUCCUCAAUGUAGACUACCUUGUCCACCAGCUUCUUCGCCCAGAACUUCCAGUCCGUACCAACUAUUUCACAGGGUACAUAGUGAAAAAUACAGGACCACUGAGGGGUAAAGCAUACAAAUGGUAUGUCCCUAAGGAAGUCUACCCCAAUGACACCUACCCACCCUACUGCUCUGGACCUGGCUAUGUCUUUUCUGCAGACAUGGCAAAAAAAAUCUAUGAUAUAUCACAAGUGAUUCGCGUUAUCCCCAUGGAAGACUCUUUUAUGGGAAUUUGCCUUUAUGAACUCCAUAUUCCACCCACUGAGCCCCCUCCAGGUAUAUUCAAUGGUCACCGGAUACAGUAUAAUCGCUGUCGAUUUAACAAGCUCAUUACAGUCCACCAUUAUGGGGGUUCUGAGCUGAGGACAGUAUGGGCAGAUUUUUGGACUUACAAAACUUCAGGAUGCUGAUAAAAGGCAUUUAGAUAUUUUACAACACAGGGACACGCGAGUGCUGCACUUUACCGUAUCCUGUAUACAAUUACAGUUCUGUAUCCACACCAAUUAUGGUUCACUUGAUAGCACCCAACUGUUAGGAUUUUUUUUUAUAAGGGCCUAAAAUUAUUAAAGUGACCCUGCCUGUAAAAAAAAAAAAAAUGUUUAGGCUACUUUC